UUGGUUUUUGGUAUCUUGGCUUGUUCGGUUCUGAAUGUGCGCGUUUAUGUUGAACGUGUAGUUGAAUUGGUUUCGAAGUCGAAUCUAAAAAGCUGAAGCAGCGUCAUAGUUGUGUUUAGUUGUUUGCCACAAAAGGAUAUUGGUUAAAAACCGGUACGAUGGGAGAAGGUCUCAGUAAAGCUGUCCAACCGGAGGAUUUGGCUGUAUUCAAAAAAUUACCAGCGAAUCAUAAUUUGCUGGAAAACAUCCAAAUUCCAGAAAAGCCCGAAAAUAGAAGACCAACUGAUCGAAAGUUUCUCAUUGUAUUUAUAGUAAUAGUAUUACUACUAUUUCCAUUUUUGAUAUAUACUUUAGUGAAUUCAGACUGGGACCGAAUUAGAGGAUACGAUCAAUGCGGAAAUGUUUGUGGCGAAAACAAUACUAAAUAUAAAGAAUGGCCUUGCACAGGAAAAGAUGAAACCCAUAAUGUGUACUUGCAAAUUGACACUACCGAUGAUACCAAAACUUUCCAAGAACUUCUAUUUUAUCCUAGAAAAUGCGUUCGCAGAUGUGAUUACGACUACCACCUGUCAUUUGGGAAAUGUUUCAAAGACAAAAGUGAUUCAUCAAGAUAUCCAAGAGAUGUAGAUGGCGUAUCAGAAAAGGUUGGCUCUAAAAGCGUAUCCGAAUAUCUGAAUAAAGUAGCCUGGAGGAUUGUUUUGGCAUGUGCUUUAUCUCUGGCUGUUGGAAUAGGAAUGUUGGUUCUUUUUAAAGUUGCUACAGCGGCUGUGGUUUGGGGAAUGAUAGGAGGUGUUCUUAUCUUUGGUGGCAUAGUUACAGGGUUAAUGUGGUAUGGAUACUUCACUGCUGACAAAUGGAAUCAGAAAGAUCCAAAUUCCAAAAAAAUGCUAUUAUUUUUUGCGAUUUUCCUCACAGUUGUCUUACUGAUUCUUUUCUGCAUCACUGUAUUUAUGUUCAGGAAGAUUCAAUUAAUUAUUCAAUUAUUUAAAGAAACCACUAAAGCAACUUUUGCUAUGCCUGCACUGAUAUUUGUUCCCGUACUUACAUUCUUAGUGGAACUAAUAAUACUAGUACUAUUAAUAAUAACGACAUCAUUGAUUUAUACAUCCGGUAUAUUAACAGAGAUAGCUCCAGAAUAUUUAGCUUACAAAUCAAAUGUAGUAAUGCAAAUUACAUUGAUCUUAAACAUCAUAGUUGCAUUCUGGGCUACGCAGUUCGUUAUUGGCGUUCAAUAUAUGAUCAUUGCUGGAGCAAUAGCAAAAUGGUAUUGGGCAAAGAACAAGAACUUUUUGGACAGUCCCAUUGGUACAAGUGCGAAGGUUGCUUUCAAAUUUCAUUUAGGCAGUGUCGCAUUUGGAUCAUUGAUCAUAACUAUUAUUGCCAUCAUCCGAUCUAUUUUACAAUCUCUUACUAAAAACAAAGCUGUCAAAGCUGUUGUGGAUGCUUGUAUUGGGGCUCUUGAAAGUUUUCUCAAGUUCUUAUCGAAGAAUGCAUAUAUUUUGAUUGCUAUGCAUGGUAAACCCUUCUAUAAAUCUGGUAAAAGAGCAGCUAAGAUCAUUUUUCAAAAUGCUGUUAGCAUAGUAUCCAUUAAUUAUGUUGGUGACUUUAUUUUGGGAAUGGCACAUCUGUUGGUCAUAUUGAUUUCUAUGAUGAUCACUGUUGGAAUUAUGACUGGCGCAGACACAGAAUAUUCCUUCAUUGUAUACCUAAUCGUAUUUUUAGUUUCACUGUUUGUUGCAAUGACUUGUUUCUCAACAUUUGAGACUGCUAUUGACACAAUCUUCCUUUGCUUUUGUGAAGAUAGUCUUCUAAAUGAUGGCAUGGCCCGUCCGUAUGCCAUGUCACGGGAUCUUAUGGAAUUCGUAGAGAAUUCAAAGAAACUGUACGGAGAGAAAAAAGAAUAAAACAAACAUAUUUAAAUAUAUGUUUUGUUGACUCAACAAAACUAAUUUAUCACAAAAUAAUGCACUAUUGUACAACGAACAAUGUAAGCUAAGUAAUCUAAAUGUUUUUUGGACGAGGUGUAUUGUAUAUUCUGAUACAAUAUUAUUAUGUACAAAAUAACCAAAAUUGCAAAGAACUGUUAUUAUUUUCACCAAAUUUCCUAAAUACUUUAUUGUAAUGAGUAAAGAAAGAAACUACAAAGUGUCGAAAAAUAACAUCAAUUUGACACAUAACCACAAAGUAAUAUUACCGGCUUCAAAGUAUUAUUGACUGAAAAAUGAAUUUCCGAACUGCAUACUCUAUCAAUAAUCUUUAGAAUGUACAUUUAACGAAUGUAAAUUAACGAAAUUUUGAAUACAAACUUAUUACUAAUAAUUAGUAAAAACUAUAGUAUUCAAAAUAAUCAUCAGUAGAAAAAUGUUGAUAAUAAAAAACCAGAACACCAGAUUUAUGUGCCUUUUAAGUUGGAUGGAUGGUUGUAACCAUUGACUGUUGUUCAAAUGUACAAUAAUUGCACUUGCACUGCUAACUACUUUCGUGUACGGUAGUAAAACUUGUUUUAAUGUGACGCAAAAUGCCUUAUUUAUUUUUUGCCUUCCUUCGAAUUCUCUUUUAAUUGCUAUUAGUAAAAAUAAAAGUAGUAACAAUGAUAGUCACUUAGUUUAUACUAAUAGUCGGAAAUUAAAAAACUAUUGUAUUGUUACCAUUGAUAAUAGUUCAAAUGUACAAUAAAUGGAGUGUUUUAACACUCUUCUAAUUAUUUUUAUUUACAGUAGAGAAACUUUAUCAAAUAGUGUUAUUAUAAUGCUACAUCAUUCUUGUUUGCCCAUAAACUUUUAUUUAAUAAAGAAUUUUUUUAUUAGUAGGAAACAUGAUUAUCAAUUAAUCUUGAAAAACCAGAUUUCAAUAAUUGUUGGUUGUCACUAUUGCUAGUAGUUUAAAUGUACUACACUAUUUUUUCAUUCAAUAGAGAAAUUCUAAUUAAAUUUACAUUU